CUAAUUUAUUAUUUACCAUGCUGUGUGUGCCAUGACUACUGGUAAUUCGGAAUUAUUUGUAAAUUAGCUCGGUAAAUGAACCAAUCCUAUGCUGAUUGAUUUUAUUUUAAAUACAUCACUCCCUGUGAGCGUGAAAGUGAGCGAUAGCUUAUUGCUGCAUCUCAAUGGUAACUCCAUAGAGUCUAGCCCAUUGGACAACACAACCAACGUUGAAUUUAUAUUACAGUCAGUCGUCUCUGAGAUCAAAAAUCUUUCUGAUAAUAAUCGGUUAAUGAAUGUGAAACUAAAUAGUAUCGUGAUCCCUAGUUCCACUGGUACUUUUCCACAAGCCGCUAACCCUAUACCAUCUACGUUCUUAGUGGUUUCAGCUACGAAUAAAAGCGUAGUAAUAACGACUGACCGUUCUAAAUUAAUUGUUGGAUCUGGUAAAAAUUCUUCUACUGGCUUAGCUGCUGCUCCUCAAAAAUAUUCAGACUUGUUCGUUUCGUGGUUUAACCCUCAAGUCGCCGCUGAUUUGUUGAAAUCUGGAUUGCUUUCUAAUUAUGAUGUUAUUACAAUGACACGGAUGGUCACUAAACAUCCUAAGUAUGUAUCGUUCCAUAUCCAGUUAAACUCCACGAUCUACUUGAACCUACAUUUUGGCCUGAUGGAAUUAUCGUUAAGAGAUUCUGGGGUCGUUUUUGUCCAGAUAUGAUUUUUGAUGGAAAUUCAAAAAACUAAUUAGCCAUAAUGCCCUGUCAUCACUAGGCUUCUACCAAAACUGUAGGGGUCUCAGAACUUAACUAUCAUGUUUUAAAUUUAAUGUAUCUUUGUUCAAUUAUAUUUUUAUCUGUUCAUCCGAAACAUGUUAUCUGAUGUUUCUUUGGAUAACGAAUUAGGUUUAACUAAUUAUGCUAUAUUUAGAUGUGACCCUAAUAACUACACUAGUAUUUUUUCUAAAGGUGGUGGUGUUUUUAUUACCAUUCGCUAUGAUAUUGUUUGUGAGUUAUUACCUUUCUUAGUUAACAGUGUUGAACAUUUAAUUGUUAAAUUUCUUGUUUAUAAUGUUACCUUUGUUAUAUGUUCUAUUUAUAUUCCUCCUAAUAGCCCUGUUCCUAUUUACGAGUCUCUCAUAUCAGUUGUGUAAUCUGUUAUUUUUCCUACGCAGGCUGUGUGUUUAUAAUUUGUGGCGACUGUAAUAUCUCUGAUAUUUUUUAGUCUUAUGACGACUAUGGCCUCUACUACUCGUCUUCCGGCUCUAGAGUCCAAUGCGUUUCCGAUGUAUUUGCUUCCAAUAACUAUUUUCAGCUAACUGAGAUUCCCAAUAACUUUGGUGGUCUUCUUGAUCUCGUGUUAUCUAAUAACACCAACAUUUUAGUAGAAAAAUCGGAAGUUGUCUCUAUUCCGUGUGAUCCUUAUAACUCUGAACUUUUAAUUAAAUUUUCUAAAAACUGUAAUGUUUCCCCUCUUAAUAACUCACAAAUAUUUUAACUUUCGUUGUGCAUGCUAUCCCAAAAUACUUUCUUUUCUUACGUCCUUUAACUGGUUUAAAACCAUUGAAUCUCUUGAAGUCCAGGCAACCAACGUGUUGUAUGAUGCUGUGCAUUUGUACGUAUUGAAUUUUGUUCCGGAGAUUACUAAUGGUCCUUCUAAAUUCCCCCGUUGGUUUUCAAAGGACCUCAACUCUAUUGUUUUUGCGAAAAAGCGGGCUCACACCAUCUAUUAGAUAUCUCAUUGUCUUAGGGAUUAUGAGGUGUUCUCCAAUCUCCAUGCACGUUACAAAUUUGAAUACAAAAUAUAUUACAAAUUUUUUCUAUCUCGAAUUGAGCGUAUGCUCAAAAUGAAUCCUCAAUCUUUUUGGGAUUUUGUCCGGGAUUAUAAAUCAACGUAUGUUAUUCCUUAUACACUUUGACGACAAAAUUGGCACCGGUUCUGAUUCAAUUUCUAGCCUCUUCUCCUAUUUUAACUCAGUUUACGUAACUCUAUCGUCAGAAAAUAUUCCUAAGAUUCCUUUUUCUCAUUUUACUCUGCCAUCCAAUUGUUUAUUCAGUAUUAAUGAUGUUGAAUUAGGUUUAUUAAAAAUUAUAAAAUCUGCUGGUCCUAAUGGUUUGCCUGGAACAUUCUUAUAUGCUAUAAAAUCUGCUCUCUGCUAUCCUCUAUGGCUGAUAUUUCGUCAUUCCCUUGACUCAAGUACUUUUUCUUCUAUGCUUAAGAUUAGUUCUGUUACACCUGUUUUUAAGUCUAGAGAUAAAACUAAUGUAAAAAAUUAUAGGCGUAUUUUGAUACAAAAUCAUAUUUAGAAACUUUUUGAGCUACUUGUUCUUAGGUGCAUUCAGCCAUGUCUUUUACUAGGAAUAGAACUAUUAUCAAUUGUACGUACCUGAUUAACGGUUCUGUUAUUGCUACUGUAAUUAGUAAAAACGUGGGCAUUCUUUUUUACAAAAAAUCAUGAAUUUCACUCCCAUAUUGAAGAAGUUUGCUGUCAUGCAUAAAAGAUUUUAGGCUUUGUUAUUCACACGUCAAUAGAAUUCAACCUCUCUAGUUCUUUUAAAGCUGUGUAUAGCUUUCUUGUAUGAUCUUUUUUGGAGUAUUCUUCUAUUCUCUGGGACCCAUAUACUGCAGUGGACUCUUCUCUUGUUGAGCAAGUCCAGAGAUGUUUUUGUUUUUCUACUUCUUUCACUUUAGAAAUCCUUCACCCACCUCAUGACUAUAGUCCAGUAAUGAAUAAACUUGGUCUUAUGUCUUUAGCAGAUAGAAGAGUUGAAGCAAAUUUUGUAUUUUUGCGUAAGUUGAUUGAUGGUUAUCUGGAUGCUCACUAUAACCUUUCUUUAAUAAGUUUCAGAGUUCCUAAUCACUCAAUUAGAUGCCACUCUUUUGCUAUUCUUUUUCACCACAACAACUAUGGUAAAAAUAAACCUAUCCAUCAUAUGAUGCGUCUGGCUAAUGAGCACCUAAGAUUCUCUUAG